AUGGCCAAAAGGAAGAGAGAGGGCGAAGGCUCUGCAAAGGCCUCCAAGAAGGUCGCCAUUGACGCACAUGCACCGCAGGCCAAGGUGUCGUCUGUUCUGCGACCAAAGUCCUCUCCACCGGUGAUAGUGACUGCCCCAGGCAUAAGCGUAAUGUCUGAUUCGACAUUUCAACCAUACGUCCCCCAAGAUCAGAUCAUUGCGGCGAAGAACAAGUCCAAAUCCACACAGCAAGAGCUCCUGCUACACUCAACGUCACAUCCGAAUCUCGACUACACAGCCAAGGAGGAAACGUCCCGUGGAUCGAAACCGCUGGUCAACCACUAUGUCGGAGUCUACGACCCCAAGACUGGGACGAUGCAGGUCAUCGAGGCGAAGAAGAUGGUUGUCCGCGGCGCAGUAAGGGCUAAGCAGCAAGCUGAGAAAGAAGCCGCGGCCAAGAGGGCACUCGCCGUAAGGAGCUCAAAGUCAAAGCUGGCUGUCACAGUGGCUAAUAAUCAGCAGACCAACUUUGAGCGCAGAACCGAGUUGGGACAGACAUUCGGCACCAGGAAGGCCAAGAAGGCCCUCGCAGACGUAACCCUCAACGCCAUCGGCCCGGUGCGCAGGGAUGCAGACGAACCCUCAAAACCGUUGGACGCCGCAUCCAAGGCCAUGCUCACUUCCGUGGGCUCGAUUACCUCCACCAUGGCGUCGAAAGAGGAAUUGCAGGCGGUGGUGGACGAAGCCAAGCCCGUGCCCAAAGCCAACCUCGAUGCCACCGAUAUCCUCGACGUCUACGAUCCGAAUGUUAUCAUUGGCCGGGACAUUCUCAACCAGGUGCCCAUCCGCGAGUGGCAGGAAAAGGCGCAGCACAAGGAGAGUAUCCAGGCUCCAUCGCGGUUCGUGGUGUCCCGCGUGGCACCCAUCGCCAUCAAUGCCGACGCUACGCUCCGCCUACGCGUGUUGCGGUACCUGUGCUUUGUGCUCAUCUUCUACAUGUCGACCAAGCCUGGUCGCGAACGCGGCACGCGGUCCAUCCCGCCGCGGGACAAGCUGCGCCAAGCCCUGGAUCCCGCGCCCGAGGCCGUCGUCGAAUCGAUCCGUCGCAAAUUCUCGGAUGCAGGCACCAUGCGAAAAUUCCACAUGGAUCUGCUGAUGACGCACUGCUGCGUGUUCUCCUGCAUCGUGGACAACUUUGAGUCCGACACGCAGGCGUUGCGAGAUGACUUGCGACUCGACCAGAAGACCAUCAAUUCCUAUUUCCAUGAGAUUGGUGGGCGGGUGAAGCCCGUCAAGACAGAGCACGGCACUGCGCAGAUAGGUCGCUUGGCGCUGCCGCUUGAUUUCCCCAAGCAGCGACACUUGGCGCCCAAGAAGCGAUAG